GUGUGAGCGGCGCGCAUCCGUGAAACGGCGUUCAGCGGAGAGAGAGGGAGAGAGAGCGCAUUUAUUCCGCAUACGACAGAGAGCAGACAGACAGAGCGGCUAGCUAUGCGACAGCAGCAACGACAUACUAACGACAAGAUGUUGAGUUUCGCUGUACUGUGUGUGUGUGCCGUCGCCGGUGAAGUGUCCGCGCGCUCUACCAGCUGGAAUUUCCUGGAUGACAAGUCGUUAACAGCACGAUGGGACAAAUUUCGGGAUGAGCCAGGUACAUGGAAUCCUGGGAAAGCGUUUGAUCAAGGUCUGAACCCAGAUAACCCCUGUCGGAAGGUCAAGUGUAGCCGUCACAAAGUGUGUGUUGCAGACGACGACCAGACUGCUGCUUGUGUUAGCCAGCGGAGGGUCAGUGUGAAGGAACCGGGUCUGUCUCUGAGUCCAGGGUCCAAAUGCAGACGCUGUCCAGUGGUCCUUCCCUCUCCUGUGUGUGGUACUGACGGACACAGCUACUCAACCAAGGUGCCACACUAACACACAAUACACAGACAUAAA